UCGCUAGGGUGGCGUUAGGGCCGGCGCGGCCGCUCGGUGGCUGCAACUGCUCGGCUCCCGGCUCCCCGCCCCCUGCCCCCCGCCCCGCGGCCGCCCGUCGCUGCGCACAGGGCUGCAUGGUUGCACAGGGCAGCGUGGCUCCAGGAUGUUAGGGGCUGUGAAGAUGGAAGGGCAUGAGAGCAACGACUGGAACAGCUACUACGCGGACACGCAGGAGGCCUACUCCUCCGUCCCGGUCAGCAACAUGAACUCGGGCCUGGGCUCCAUGAACUCCAUGAACACCUACAUGACCAUGAACACCAUGACCACGAGUGGCAACAUGACCCCGGCUUCGUUUAACAUGUCCUACGCGAACCCGGGCCUGGGUGCAGGCCUGAGCCCCGGCGCCGUGGCGGGCAUGCCGGGCGGCUCGGCGGGCGCCAUGAACAGCAUGACGGCGGCCGGCGUGACGGCCAUGGGGACGACGCUGAGCCCGAGCGGCAUGGGCGCCAUGGGCGCGCAGCCGGCGGCCUCCAUGAACGGCCUGGGUCCCUAUGCGGCCGCCAUGAACCCGUGCAUGAGCCCCAUGGCGUACGCGCCGUCCAACCUGGGCCGCAGCCGGGCAGGUGGCGGCGCGGACGCCAAGACUUUCAAGCGCAGUUACCCACAUGCCAAGCCGCCCUACUCGUACAUCUCCCUCAUCACCAUGGCCAUCCAGCAGGCGCCCAGCAAGAUGCUGACCCUGAGCGAGAUCUACCAGUGGAUCAUGGAUCUCUUCCCCUAUUACCGGCAGAACCAGCAGCGCUGGCAGAACUCCAUCCGCCACUCGCUCUCCUUCAAUGACUGCUUCGUCAAGGUGGCGCGCUCCCCGGACAAGCCCGGCAAGGGCUCCUACUGGACGCUGCACCCGGACUCCGGCAACAUGUUCGAGAAUGGCUGUUACUUGCGCCGCCAGAAGCGCUUCAAGUGCGAGAAGCAGCCGGGGGCCGGCGGUGGGGGCGGGGCCGGGGGCGCCAAAGGUGGCCCUGAGAGCCGCAAAGACCCCUCGAGCGCCAACCCGGGUGCCGACUCGCCCCUUCAUCGGGGUGUGCACGGUAAGGCCGGCCAGCUAGAGGGCGCGCCGGCCCCCGGGCCCGCGGCCAGCCCCCAGACUCUGGACCACAGCGGGGCGACGGCGACAGGGGGCGCCUCGGAGCUGAAGACUCCGGCCUCCUCGGCUGCGCCCCCGAUCAGCUCCGGGCCUGGGACGCUGGUAUCUGUGCCCCCCUCCCAUCCGGCGCACGGCCUGGCACCCCACGAGUCCCAGCUGCACCUGAAAGGGGACCCCCACUACUCCUUCAACCAUCCCUUCUCCAUCAACAACCUCAUGUCCUCCUCGGAGCAGCAGCACAAGCUGGACUUCAAGGCAUACGAGCAGGCGCUACAGUACUCGCCCUAUGGCGCCGCGUUGCCCGCCAGCCUGCCGCUUGGCAGCGCCUCGGUGGCCACCAGGAGCCCCAUCGAGCCCUCCGCCCUGGAGCCGGCCUACUACCAAGGUGUGUAUUCCAGACCCGUCCUAAACACUUCCUAGCUCCACGGGACUGGGGGUUUGUCUGGCAUGGCCUUGUUGGUAGCAAGAGAGAGAAAAAAAAAAAUCAACAGCAAACAAAACCACACAUACCAAGCCAACAACAGCAUAAUAAAAUCCCAGCUAUUUUUAUUUACUUUUUUUUUUUUUUGGUGCACAAUCUUUCCCCCAGUGCAAAAGACUGUUACUUUGUUAUUGUACUCAAAAGCCUCGUGUAUAUUAUUACAAAGAAAACCAAUCCCAAACCAACAAAUUUUUUUUUUCUGCAAAGUUUAAUGAUUCACAAGUGUAUAUAUAAAAUCCUAGUUUCUUGUCCCUAGCCCUUUCUUCUCUCUUUCCUCUCCAGACACAUUUUGUCCACACAGGGUUUAUUUAAAAAAAAAAAAAGGAGAGAGAUGGUCAAGCUUGUAAAAUGUUUGUGCUCACCCCCCUCCCCUCCCCCGACCCUCCUCCCACGAGUUUACAGGUCUAUGGCAAUACUCUUAACCUUAAGAACUCAAAGGGUGAAGAAGCAAGUAGACAUUCGAAAGUAUUUAAGGACAAUACUGCUCUUAUGCAGCAAAACAGAAGCAAAUUAUAAACAUCAGAGCCAUUUGUUUUUCAGCUUUCAUUUCAGAUACGUUCAGAUAGCAGCUGUCUUAAAAUGAUAUGCAUAUACACUAUGUACGAACUUCUUGUUUAUGACAUGCUCAGAAUUGUAGACAUCCUCCUUGUAUUUUCAUAACGUAUACAAGUGAUAGCUAGGUGAUAUAUGCUGUAUUUUCAAGAGUUGCCUGACCAAGAAGUUACAAAGACACCCCCACUUUGUUCUCUCCACCCACACAGAGCUCCAGGAGUCCAUUCCUGAAGAACUACCCUCCUCAAUAACUCUGCUCCUUGCUUUGCAGAGGGCCAUGGUCAUGUCAUUCAGAGGUCACAUAACAUGUAUAAAAUUAGCUUCUAUGUAUCUAUAACAUUUGAAGAAAUGUUUUUUCAAGAAAAAAAAAGGGAACAUUACAAUGUUGGAGGAGUGAGAAGUUACAGGGAGGCGCAUUUCAAAUUUGGGUCCAAGAUUCCAAAAUCCAAUUGAUUGUGACCAUUUUAAUUAUUGCCAUCGUGUGCUUGUUUCAUUCAGUGUUAAUGCACUUUUCACAGUUGGACAUGGUGUUAGUAUAGCCAGACGGGUUUCAUUAUUAUUCCUCUUUGCUUUCUCAAUGUUAAUUUAUUGCAUGGUUUAUCCUUUUUUUUUUCCUUUACAGCUGAAAUUGCU